UUACUGCCUGAGAACUACCUCUUCAGUGUUAACCUUGGAAGUAAACACAUCAAGGCUGAGCUGCAAACAGGAAGCAUAAAGCACGCUCUUGAGGCAAGGACCUCAGUGUCUAACUAUGGAGGUGAAUUGUCUCUCAUGAUUGACACACCUUUUGAAAAUAUCAACAAAGUUACACUUGAUGCCUCACUCAACUUCCAGAACAAUGUUGAGAUGUAUAUCGCAGCCAACUUUGCCAACACUGUCAAUUCCUUCCGGUUCAAUUUGGACAAGGAAAACAGGAAGUUCAUCAGCAUUGUGGAAUCUCCAUAUGUUCCAACAGGAAUGGCUGAAGCUGAAGCUAUGCUCACAGGAAAUACAAAGAACAUGCAAAUGAAGAUGGCAUUGAAGAAUGCUGAAGACACAUCAUCUCUGGAAUCCUCAACGUUAAGAUCGAAUCUUCAAGAAUGUCAAUACCAACCUCAAGAUUCUUACGCCAUUCAAGGGUUACAAGAAGAUGAACUUCGGUGCCCGCUACCUUAAAGAUGAGGUGACCAACAUUUCCGUGUAUGCCGACAAGCCUCUCAAGUUUAAGGCAGAACUUCAGUUUGGAAACACCGAGGAUGCCGUGGCAGCCAACUUGGUUGUUGAAACUCCCAUCGAAGACUUCGAGAGGAUCGAAGCCCAAAUGAAGGUUCCCCUGUACAGGUUUGCUCCAAGGUGAUGCUGACUCUCCCUCACAACCGCUACGGUUUUACCGCAGAUUAUGGCAGCGACUCUUUCUCUCAGAAGUUGUCUGCUGGCGUGACGGUGAACGAAGAGUCGUAUGACGGAUACUACUCUCUGAGAACAAAGGCACCUUACGAGCUGGCUUACGGCUACGACUUCGCUCACUUGGCAAGCACGCGUUUCCAUCUUAGAACCGACUCGUCAUUCUUCUCCGUGU